AUGGAGGCAAAUCAGACAGUGGUUACAGAGUUCAUCCUACUGGGAUUUCCAGUUGAUUCAAAGAUUCAGCUUCUUCUCUUUGGAUUCUUCUUCCUGCUCUAUGUUUUCACCCUGCUGGGGAACGGAGUCAUCCUGGGGCUCAUCUUCCUGGACUCCAGACUUCACACCCCCAUGUACUUCUUCCUCUCACACCUGGCUUUGGUUGACAUAGCCUAUGCCUGCAACACGGUGCCCCAGAUGUUGGUGAACCUCCUAGACCCAGCUGAGACCAUCUCCUUUGCUGGCUGCCUCACACAGACCUUUCUCUUUUUGACCUUUGCACACACUGAGUGCCUUCUCCUUGUGGUGAUGUCCUAUGAUCGCUAUGUGGCCAUCUGCCACCCUCUCCAAUAUCCUGUCAUCAUGAGCUGGAGAGUCUGCAUCACCUUGACCGUGACCUCCUGGAUCAUUGGAAUCCUUCUGGCUUUAGUACAUCUGGUGUUACUCCUACCCUUGCCCUUCUGUGGUGCCCAGAAAGUUAACCACUUCUUCUGUGAAAUUAUCGCUGUUCUCAAGCUUGCCUGUGCUGAUACUCACAUUAAUGAGCUCAUGGUUUUGGCUGGAGCUGUGUCUGUACUGGUUGGACCAUUCUCCUUAAUUGUGCUAUCAUACAUUCAUAUUCUGUGUGCGAUUCUAAAGAUCCAGUCUGGGGAGGGACGAAAGAAAGCCUUUUCCACUUGCUCUUCCCACCUCUGUGUGGUUGGACUCUUUUAUGGCACAGCCAUUAUCAUGUAUAUUGGGCCCCGACAUGGAAAUCCCAAGGAUCAGAAGAAAUAUCUCUUACUGUUUCAUAGUCUUUUUAAUCCCAUGCUCAACCCACUCAUCUAUAGUCUCAGGAACAAAGACGUCAAAGCUGCUCUGAAGAGGAUACUUGAAAAAGAGAGAACUGCAUGA